UCAAGUCAAAUACAAUCAGCAGGAAAUUAUAUUAGAUAUAAGCACAUAAUUAAACAAAUACAAAUACUAUACACCGUAGGUAGUUUUAAAUUGGAUAGCAUGGAAGUAAACAAAACACGAACUUCCUUGGACAAAGAGUUCGAUAUGUUUUGGUCAAAUGUCAAUUGUUUUGUUGUGCUGAAUUUUCCGUAUGAAGAGAGAUGCGAAUUUGUCAAGAAAGCCAAUAAAUGCGUAUAUGGAACGAACUUCGUGCCAUACAUGCAUUUAUUAGCCUGUGGUUUCAAAUGCAAAAACCAAUUUCAGGAGCUAGUCUUCGUGUCCGUCUUCUUCUUUUUCUGUUUCGAGUUGCUGAUCUGCCUCGCCUAUGCGGUCCAUUAUUACUACAGUCCAGCGUUGAAGGUCGUUUCGCGAAUGCUUCACAUGAACGAGCAUCUGGCUGGCGUGACGAUAUUGGCAUUUGGCAACACAAGUCCAGAAUUGUUAACUAACUUGACGUCUCGCAGGGAUAAUGUGCCCGUAUUUGCCAAUUGCCUCUCGGCGGCAUUGUUUGUGGUCAUGUUUGUGGGAGGAUGGAUCUGCUAUCUGUGUCCGUUUAAAAUGAGCUCGUACAGCAUCGUCCGAGACUUGCUUUUCUUGAUAUUAGGCGUGACGCUUUUGGAAUAUAUGAUAUACACUGGCGAUAGGGUUUCGAUUACAGAGUGCUUCAUAUUAAUGCUAAUCUACAUCGUUUAUUUGGUGGUCACCGUCCUUGAUGUGUAUCUCAUGCAUGUUGCCAUUGGAUCCUUGAGAGCCCAAAUAGACGCUCUGGACAGUUUAGAACAAACACAAGAUGUUAAACAGCAGCGCAUGGCCCUUGAAAAGAAAUACAACUUGAUCAAACUCGACAAGCGAGUGGAUAUACUUAAGCGUAAGACAACCUCAAUGAGUAGCGAAUCAAGUUUCACCUACAUGACUAAGCGUCCUACCAAGCGGCGAAGGAUUGACAUGAGGGCCAAUCGCAGCAUUGUAUAUAAUGUAUUCCAGAGAAGAAACCAAAAUCUCUUCAAAGACUUCUUCUACGCACUCCGGCCCGUUGAUUUAGCUGAUUGGCGUAAAGCCAACAUGCUCAUGCGUACCUUUUAUAUUACCAGGGCUCCAGUUGUAAUAAUAUGUGCGAUUUAUAUACCCUUGGUGGAUUAUGAGAAGGAUUUGAAUGGCUGGAGUAAGCUGCUCAAUUGCUUACAUAUUAUCAUUAAUCCGGCGAUCACAAUCACAAUGGGCAAGGCACUAAUAUUCAGAGAAAGUUCGAGGCUCUGGUAUUCAAAUAUACCUGAUGCUUCCAUAUACGGCUUUUACUCCUUUGCUGUAACGGUGCCCAUUUCCAUAUUCGUGUUCUGUCACUCGAGGACCGCUGCCCCGCCAGCAUAUCAUUGGCUGUAUACGAUCAUGAAUCUGACUGGAUCCAUGUUUCUGACAUUCCAGUGUGCCUCUGAAAUAACCCUGAUAAUGGACGUGUGUGGCCGCAUAUUAAACGUUGAAUCCGACUUCAUGGGUGCCACUGUAAAAGCCAUUGCCAGCGCCCUCGGCAAUCUGGUAACCAAUACUUCAAUGGCUAUGCUUGGGUAUGAAAAAAUGGCGUAUGCUGCAACCAUUGGCAGUCCAUUCUUUAGUGUACUCCUUGGCACUGGCGCUGCGCUAGCAGCCAAGAUAUUAACCGGCGGCUCUGUCACAGCUGAGAAAAUGCACGGAAAGUAUGGUGAGAAUGCGUUCGUCUUGCUGAUUCUCGGGCUCUUUUCAACGCUGCUGUGGACAGCGGUAUUAAAUUAUAAUGCUCGCCGCUCGGUUGGCAUAUUCUCCAUGGGCAUCUACCUUCUGUAUUUAGUUUUUACCCUGCUUAUUAAGAACGGUAUAAUCCAACCAUAUUUCUUUAUCCAGCCUGCCCGCUAUACCUAUGGAGAGAAAGAUGACAAGUUAUAGGCUUUUGACAUGGAAAAUUUAUAGUAGCAAAUGAAACAAAUUUUAAUGAUAUACACAUUAACUUACUCAGAUACAUUAAUUGCCAAUUCGCACUUGAUGGGUAUAUGUAUGGCAGAUGAGCUUAAGCCCAAAAAAUAAAAUUAUAAAGUAGA